AUGAAGUGUGUCCCAGUAGCUCAAGUUCUGUGUAGCCAGAGAGCUAGCAGGAAGUGCAGCUCGGGUGCCUCUACUUGUCUCAUCAAUGCAGCUUUCAUUCUCCCUCGGUGGGGCAAGAUGGAAGCUGUACAAAAGGACUACUGGUACUUCGUGGUACUUAUCUUCCUCCCUUUUCUUAAAGUUGCUGUCCAGCAGAAAGAGGUUGUCACGGUCCGACUGGAGGAGGGGAUGGUUCUGGACUGCUUGUGCCCCUGGGACGGCAACCUCAGCAUGGUGUCCUGGACCAAAGUGCCAGACAAGGAUCCGGUGGCUGUUUUCCAUCCAGAGUACGGAGUGGCUUUUUCUCACCAGUACCGAGAGAGAAUAGAGUUCCUGAGGACCACGCCUAUGGACGGAAGCAUCUCCCUGAGGAACGUCACUCAUCAGGAUAUCGGGCUUUACCACUGCUCUGUUCAGACUUUCCCUCAGGGACCCUGGACCAGGAACAUUCAGGUGGAAGAUUUAGAUGAGCCACCAGAAGAAGACGACGGCACAGAGCCCCCGCCUCCAGAGGUGACCGUGGCGGACACCGAGUUAGUAGCGGAGCAGAACAACAACCUGACCAUCAACUGCAACCACCAGCACAGUGGUACCGUCUACCAGGUCAUUUUGGAGAAGAUGCUGCACGGCGAGCCCUGGCACAUCAUCGGAGUGUGUAAGAAGGUGGAGGGCGGCCUGGUGGGAGAAGACUACAGCGACAGGGGUCAAGUCAACUGUGCAGACAGCCUCGACGUGAGUCUUCACAUGACGGAUGUGAUGCAGGAAGACAGCGGUUUCUAUCGCUGCACGUUCAACACAGAUGCAGGUGUGAAGACCACCAGCGUGCAGCUCACUGUUACCGCUCCAGGUGGAUUCAGCCUGUCGUUAUACAUGAUGUAUAUUUACAUCGGGGCGGGAGCUGCUGGACUUCUUCUACUCAUUGCCAUCCUCAUAGUAGCAGUAAGACACAGAAAGAAGAACAGAAGAGAGGAGUACAGAGUCAAACUGCACCCAUCUCAGAGACAGAAAUGGAGGCAGUGGCAGAGGCAGUAAUGGAUAUGCGGGCUAUUCCGCUAGGAAACAAGACAAAUGUGGACAAGGUAGAAAUGUGGAACAUAAAGGGACAAUAUAGUUGGGUAUCACAAGUUUUUUUUUUUUUCCUUCAUUCUCUCACCUCACUGUUGCCGCUGAAACAGUAGAAGAACUGUACAUAUGACUGUGACGACGCUUGUGAUCCCGUGUGUGUGAUCGGCAGUAAUGAAACUGAUGUGUGUGACUGUAAAUGACUCUUGUGUGGUUCAAAUAAAACAAAGUGUCAUCGCCUCUA